AUGCCGUCUAAAAGGCCUCAGGGUCUAAACAAAGCAGCUAAGAAUAAGAAACAGAAAGUAGCCCCAAAUGAAAAUAACGGUCCGGAAAAGGACCAGACACCCGAUUUUACCAUUGCCCUUGAAGAUGAGGUUGACCCUGACGAUGAACUAGCUCAAUUGUACGGGCUUUAUGAGACUUAUAGGGAGUCCUCGAAAGAUUCUCCGAAGCUGUUAUAUGGACUAGUUCAUGAAUGUGAUAGACUACUUCGAAACUCAACAGAAAAGCUUCCGUCACGCUUUCAUAAUAUCUAUGCUAUCUCUUUGUUAGACUUGGCAAAGUUUGUUGAAACCGAGGACGAUCAACCUAAGAAAAAGUCUGGCAAUAACGGGGAAUCAUGUGCUGAUUUUAUUCUUGCUGCGAUUGAAAGAGCUAGCAUUGGAAUUGAGGAAUCAUCCGACAGCAUUGCUGAUUUGUACUUUACGCUGUCACGAGCUAAGCUCGCCCUUGUCGAUGAGAAAUUGAAGAAUUCUCCUUCAGAAAGCAGGUAUGAUGAAGCUAUAAAUAUUUUGCCAGAGCUUAAGGAAGCAGUAUCAGAUUUUGAAACGGCUGAGAAGUUCUUACUUGAGUCCGGGAAAAGCUUUUUAGAUUUUUCUAAAGACCAGCUGGGAGCUGUGGAGGACCUGUUGCAAAUAGUUGACGGCUUCAUUGCUUUAGAGGACGAAAAUGAGGCUGAGAGUGACCCCGCGGCUUCGACGGAAAAUAUAGAGCGGGGUAGGCUUCGAAGUUUAAAUGACAAAUAUUUGGAAUGGAGUAAGGAUAGGUACCAAAGGAUUCUUGAAACCAGUGUUGAAUCAAAAGGAAAGAACAAAGAUCCUAACGGUUCGAGUGUAUCAGUUGUACUUUGGGCAAAUAGAGGUAUGGGGCAGUACUACUUAGCUUUAGCUGCUCCAUUACUUGCAAAACUAGACGAUGGUGCAGAUGAGGACGAGGACGAGGACGAUAGUGAAGAUGAGGAUGAAGAUGAAGAUGAUAACGACGAAUCUAUAGCUCUCUCACCAGAAGAGUUACAAUCUGCAAAAGAUCUGGUGCAAAAGGCAGUAGAUUAUCUCUUCAAAGCCGAAUCUGACGACGAUCCUGAAACGUAUACUGUCGUAGCUGAAGCUCUGAUAUCUUUAGCGAAUUUAUUUGAGGUCGAGAGUGAUGAUCAAAGACGAUUAUAUUCUCAAGCAGUUCUUCGUCUUAGGAAAGCUCAGCGCCUGGGCUUUGGCAGUUACCAGGAACUUAUUGCUGAUCUUGAAGACUGA